GGGCAAGUUACCUGUUCCCUGCAUUAUUUGGGAUAUGGAUCAGUUGAGGUAAGAGUUUUAUGCAGCAGACGGGACAAAGAGUAUACAGCAGAUCAGUUAAAUUGAGUAGAAAAUCAUAUCAAGUCAUCAUUUUGUCUGGAGACAAUUGUCACAUUGUGUUUUGUGCAGUUUUGGUUUUUGUCAUAUGCUCAGUUCAGCGCAAAUACAAACAAAGAUCGGGACUCCACCAAUGGCAAUAACCAAAAAGCAUAGCAAGAAGCAAGGAACAGGAGGGGAAGGGGAGGGAAAAGUUCAGGUCCUCUGUCUUCUGUCUAGUCUCCAACAGCUCCUUGAUCGCAGUCAUCGCCACUCAAGUGCUAUUUCUGUGUGCUUCUAGAGCUAAGGAAAUGAGCUAUCAGCAGCAUUCAUCGAGUUCUGGUAAUAGAAUGGCCCGAAGAACAUUUGAGUUUGGGCGAACACAUGUGGUGCGGCCAAGAGGGAAACACCAGGCCACUAUUGUUUGGCUGCAUGGCCUUGGUGAUAAUGGCUCGAGCUUGUCCCAGCACUUGGAAUCCCUCUCUCUUCCUAACAUUAAAUGGAUCUGUCCAACUGCUCCCACCCGUGCUGUGACUUUCUUAGGCGGAUUUCCUUGUACCGCAUGGUUUGAUGUUCGCGAGAUUUCAGAAGAUAGUCCAGAUGACUGGGAAGGCUUAGAUGCUUCAGCAGCGCAUGUUGCCAAUCUUUUGUCAACAGAACCAGCUGAUGUGAAAGUUGGCGUCGGAGGUUUCAGUAUGGGUGCUGCCACAGCUCUUUACUCGGCGACCUGUUUCGCUCUGGGUAAAUAUGCAAAUGGAAGUCCAUAUCCUAUCAACUUAAGGGCAGUUAUCGGUUUGAGUGGUUGGCUUCCAGGCUCAAGGAGCUUGAGAAACAAAAUGGAGGUUUCAAAUGAUGCUGCAAGGCGUGCCUCAUCCUUGCCUAUUUUUCUUUGCCACGGCACAAGUGAUGAUGUAGUCCCUUUUAAUUUUGGAGAGAGGUCGUCCCGCUACUUGAGCUCAGCAGGAUUCCGAUGCGUUACAUUCAAGUCUCAUGAGGGGCUCGGUCAUUACACGGUCCCUAGAGAGAUGGAUGAUGUUUGCCAUUGGCUUACUGCUAGGCUGGGGCUUGAGGGUUAUGGCUCAUGAUUGAUUCCAUACUCAAGCUUCAGUUUCCAUGGACAUCGGUGGACAAAGAAUGGAUGACCAACAUAUUACCAAGAAAGGAGAGAAUAAAUGAAAAGUACAAUGAAUGCCGAUACAAGUUAAAGUGGAUGAGGGGGUAUACGCCAUAGUUCAAUUCACCUUUCGCUAUUUUCUUCUUGCCUAUCCUAAUAAAGUUUUGGGAGUGCUGCUUAUGCAUAUGUAGCACGUAAUGGGUAGCAGAGAUCUACUUGUUUUCUGGAAUUUAGAAUUCUUUACGAAAUAAGAGUUAUGCUUCAUCUUUCA